UCCGGUUUCUCAGGCCAAAAACCUUGGCUCAUUCUUUCUCUUUUGAUGGGGAUGGAUCCAUCAGGAAAUCCUACUGACUCUAUCUUCAGAAUAUACCCAGAAACUGACUGCUACAACCCUGACCCAUGCCCCAGUCAUGUGCACAGAUUAUUUCAAUAGUCUUCUGUUUGGUCUACCUACCUACGCCUUUAUCCCCUUCAUUCUGUUCUCAACACCAGAGCACCCUUUUCACGUGUAAGUCAAGUCACAUCACUCCCCAGCUUGCCACAAGUAAAAGCUAAAGUUGUUACAGUGGCUACAAGCCCCAACAGAGUCUCCCCCUCACUCGUUCUCUUCCAACUACAUUCUGUUGUCUCCUUGAUCACUGCAGGCAUGGCUCUGUCCCAGGACCUUUGCAUUUGCAAUUCUUUCUGCCUAGAAUGCUUUCCCCUCACAUAUCCUUCCUCUCUCCUACACAGCAUUACCGAAAUGUUACAUUCUCAAGGUGGCCAUCCUGAUCGCUCUAUUUAAAAUUGUAUACUCGCCUGACAUGCUCUAUCAGACUCCUCUACUUUAAUUUUCUCCCCAACACUGAUUUCCAUCUAAUAAUUUAUUUUGUCUAUUGUCUUUCUUUCCCCCACUAAAGUAUAAACUCCCAGGAGAUUUAUCUGUUUUCUCACUGCUAAGUCGCCAGAGUCCAGCACAGUGUCUGGCACAGAGAAGGUAGUAAAGAACUAUGGAUGGAUGGAUGGACGGAUGGAUGGAUGAAUGAAUGAAGCUGAAUGCUAUCUGAAGGAUGAAGGAGUGGUCCUUGGAGAGGAGGCAGCCUGUGCAAAGGGCCUAAGGAGGAAAUGACUUGAUGCCUUUGAGAGACUAGAGGAUGGUGGGUGUUGCCUGGAGUGCAGGCGAUGGUCUCCUAUUGUCAGCUGUGACCUCUGCCUCCUAGGAUCUGCCUGUGGGGAGGGGAGGGACAUCUUCCAUGUUUACAGUAUAACAGCCUUCUGCCAAGGAUGGGGGACACAGGCCAGCCUGCCCUUGAUUCUCUGAUGUUACCAGCUCUGCCCUCAAUGUCUCUAGGUCCAGAAGUCUUGAGCCUGGUUACUUUUUCUCAGGCCAGUGUAAUUCAGAAAACUAGUCACUGCAAGUCACUGUCUGGGAGCUAUUGGGUUAGCUCCAAAAUGGGACAAUGGGGACCAAGGCAGGAUUCCAGCAAGGAGGGCUUUGCAGAAAAUGCAACUUGUGCGGCCAUGGCUACUGGCUUCACCUAGGAGGGCUGGGGUGGGGCCAGCGCAGCACAGAGAGAUGGAGGCCACUGGCCACUUAUGGCCACUUCCCUCUUUGCUGCAGCCCUUACCAACUCCCAAGCAGCCCAGGCCCAGCAGGAGAGGCCGGGACAGAGAGCUGGCUUGCUGCUAGAAACCUGGCUGGAGGAAGGAGUUAAGAAGGCCGGGCUGAUGGCCACAGAGACAGAGCUGUGUUUAUCCAGGAAAAGAGGUCCUACGUAGGCAACGGAGGCCCCUGCCAGCUCCUCCCAGAAGGACUGGGCUGGGGGAGCAAGCUGGAGAGGAAGCUGCUCAGCUCGGGCCUCUGAACGCCUCCCGGGCAGAGGCCAGAAGCCAGCGGCUGCCCACAGGUGAGGCCUGCGCUCUGAGCUCCCCGACGGAGCCCGCGGUGGCCUCAGACACCCAGGCACACGGUCAGAACAGCACGCUCGUGGGGGUGCGGCGCGCGGGUGCGGUGCGCUCCCGGUGGCGGAGCCUCCCGGCCCGCUGGGGGUGGAGGAGAAUCAAUGCAGCCUUUGUGCCCAGUGGUUUCUUAGGGAGAAAGAAGUGGAGAGUGGGCGGGGCGGCCACACGGCCUUGCAGACUCAGGAUGAGGUGGGGCUGGGAGGCCAGGAACGGGACCAUCAGGGCUUAAGGGGCGGGGGGAUUUUGUACCCUCCCCCCAGGGGGUGCGUCUCCUGGGACUGGACCUGUAUGCUCGCAUGGCAUCCGCCGGUGUGCGGAGAGUCUACUUCUGGCCUCGAGCGACUCCGGAAGGCGAGGGAGGAGCAGCAGGAGGCAGCCUCCCAGCUCCGCCCGGGGCCUCCGCCGAGACGCCGCGUCUCGACGCGGUCGGCCUCGCAGGGUCGGCACGUUCGGCGCCCCCACCGCCGCGCAUGUGGCUCUUGGAGAAGGCUGGCUGCAAGGUGGGGACCGCGGAGCCCAGGGCCUGGUGGGCGCCCUGCGGCCUGUUCCCGAAGCGCCGCGCCCCGGGCCCGCCCGCGCGCUCCUGCCCCAACGUCCUCACCCCCGACCGCAUCCCGCAGUUCUUCAUCCCGCCUCGGCUUCCGGACCCCGGCGGGGCGGAGCCCCCGUCCCGGCGCGGCCUCCCCGCGGCCUGCUCGCUGCCGCACCUGGCGGGCCGCGAAGGCUGGGCGUUCCUGCCCGAGAGCCCGCACACGCGCCGGCGCGAGUCCCUGUUCCACGCGCCGCCGCCCGCGCCCGCCGGGGGCCCGGCGCCCUCCCGCCUGCACCUCUCCGCCCCGGACCUGCGCCUCUGCUGGGCCCCCGACAGCGACGCGGCCUCGUCGCCCGACUCGUCGCCCUUCAGCUCGCCGCGGUGCAGCGCCAACCCCAUCUUCAACGAGGACUUCUUCUUCGACGGGCUCGGCCCGUCGGAGCUGGGCGCCCGCUGUCUGAAGGCCAAGGUGCUGGACAGGGGCGCAGGGCUGCGCCGGGACGUGCUGCUGGGGGAGUGCGAGACGCCCCUUAUCGCCCUACUGCCCCCCUUGGGUGGGGGGCUAGGUCCAGGGGCCCCCCUGGCGCCCGCCCAUCUCAGCCUGUAGACUGAGCCUGUUCCUCAGGAACGCUCCAUGGGGUUUGCAGUCCCCGUUCUUUCCAUCUGCCCCACGUGUAUUUAUUUUUGCUAAUAAAAGGUCCGUUGGCCUCUCGCGGGAUCUCGCCCCUUUGGGGCACCCUGCGCUCUCA